UCCCUUCAAACAACACCCUUACUCUUGCUAUAUUACCUCUCCCUACCUCCGUUGCCGAUUUGAUCCCUCACCCUCCCACACCUGCACACUCAUCAUCAACCACCCCCCAUACUGCAUCCUCAUCCUCCUCGCCACAUAUAUCACAUUCCACCUCAUCAUCCCCACCUCCUCCUCCCCACUACACACCCUUAUUUCCCCUACUAUUGAGCAACAUCAGGUUACUAACAUUUCUGUGCAGACACCUACUAAUGUCAAUUUGCAUCCCAUGGUUACUCGGGCAAAGAGUGGCAUACACAAAUCGAAAGCAUUUGCUACCACAAAGGAGUUGAAUCCUCACAUGCCUCCCAAAUCCUACAAGCAAGCUCUUCUGAUCCCUCAUUGGAAACAUGCUAUGGAGCUUGAACUACAAGCACUGAGACAUAAUUCCACUUGGCAGCUUGUCCCAUGUCUGCCUGCUACAAACAUUAUCGGCUGCAAGUGGCUCUUCAAGCUCAAGUAUAAGCCUGGUGGCUCCAUUGAACGCCACAAAACCCGCCUAGUUGCGCGUGGGUUCACACAAACAGCAGGUUGGCCACUUCGUCAAAUCGAUGUGCACAACACAUUCUUGGAUGGUGAUCUCAUAGAAACUGUGUAUAUGUCUCAACCUUCGAGAUUCCACGAGGCUACUGUUAGAGUUAUUAUUUGAGGGUAUUUUAGUCUUUUCUUAAUCAUUGUUAUUUUAUAUCUUUUGCCUUAUAUAAAAGGCUUGGCUUAUAAGUUUU